UCAUGGGGCCCCCGGGCAAUAGGAUAUCAUGGGGCCCGUCUCCUUGCCCAAACUCAAAAAAGCCUAUGAAAAAGGGUACCAGGGGCAUCUCAUGGGGCCCCCUACUGACCCCGGCCCUUGGGCAGUGCCCGAGUUUCCAAAUGGUCAGUCCGCCCCAAUGUCCGCCCCUGGUUGUGAAAUAACCAACUAAAGUGUUUUAAUCUAAAUUAUCAUCCAAUGAAGGAGUACAUUCUGAAAUUCAUCAUACAAGCUGCUGCAGAUCUAUGACCCAGAAUAAGUAAUGACAGAGAGAAAUACCCAACACAGAGUGACAAACUGUGAGGAC